AUGAACAAUGGACUAAGAGGUCGUCGAGCCACGUAUAUGAAGAAUUUGGCAGCUGCAAGACUUGCGGGAUGGGAAAAGGCCUCCUAUUUUGAGGAGGAGGAGACAGGCAGCAUCAAUCCCAAAAGGUCUGAGACGGAAGUGUGUCUUAAUGCUGUCAAUACCUGCCAAUAUGGCCUAUUUGACGGUCGCAGAGAUGUUCCAAGUCCUGACGACCAAGAUCUGGCAAUUGAUUCCGCCAGAGACCCCAGCAAAUGGGCGUCCACGUCCUCGUCAGGUCCUACCCGAACCUCUACUCGGCCUCAUACCACAAUUUGCGACCCAAAACCUGACGCUCCCGCAGCUUCUCCGUCCAGCGCCAGUUGCUCUGCCCGAAGGCCGUUCCGUAUCCGUCACGGACUAGUCAACUGCCUCGAGUCGGUGAACAGGAGGGUCGUUCGAGUGGCGCCCAGACCCGCAAACAGUGUCUCCGUGACGUGCACAAAAGCCAGACAGUCCGGACGAACAGGUGCCCGCAGCGCCCAGUCGAGUCUCUGGCAACGACCCAACCGGCCGGUAUCGGCCAGCCUUGGCUCCCCUGCUGUAGGUGCCCAAGGAGGCGGCGGCGCUGCGGGGCGAGGGUCGGCGGAGCCCGGCUUGCCGGCGUCAUCGGCUCUCGAGACGGCGGCACAGAGCGGAGGACCCGGUGUUCUGUUGACCCUCUACCAGAUCCUCAAAGUGCCAGUUCUCGGCAGUCGGCGAUCCGGCAAGACGACGCUGAUCGAGCGAUUUGUCAACUUCACCGAGCCGGACAGAGUGCCCUUGCCGACGAUGCGACCGACCUACUAUUACCCCGUGGUAUUGUUCAACGACUGUCUGGUCAACCUGCGUCUUAUCGACUGUCCACCGUUGCUGGGCCAUUUUCCCGUCUCCAGCCUCGACGAGUGGACCGACUAUCCGGGCUGGAGUCUGCGAAGUGCUGCCGCAUUCAUCCUCGUCUUCGACAUCGCCUCCGACGACUCGUUCCACUACCUUCGGCAACUGCGCGAGAAGAUCAUCGCGGCUGGCACCGACGUGCCCAUGGUGGUGGUCGCCAACAAGAUGGACGUCCUACAGGAGGCGAGACGCUCGGCCAAACCGAUGACCAGUGCCGGCGGAGGCGGAAGCGGAAGCGGAAGCGGAUGGAACGGCGCCACCAACCAGUUCCUCAACUCCCUGGCCGCCUAUCCGUCCGGGUUGUUCGGCCUCCUUGGCGGCAAUUCUGGCUGCUCUGGCGACGCCGUCAGUCCGGGCGGCUCCGGCCAGUUGUUGGGCGGUACGCAUCUGCCGACGACUGCCGGCCUCGCCAGAGCAGCGCCAGUCAGUCUGCAAGUCGGCGCUUCUGGCAGUCUGGUUUACAUGGGAACCGGCUCCAUCGCUGGCGGCGGAGGAGGCGGUGUGGGCAGUCUGAGCGCCGGCACCUCCGUCAAUGCGUCCGGAGGGUACAGCGUUGGCGGCGGAGUUGGUGCUGGAGGCAGUGGCGGCUGCCAUACGAGACGAGACUUGGCCAUGCUGGUGAAGAAGCAGUGGAAGGGCAGUGUACUGGUGGAAUGUUCAGCUCUCUACAACUGGCAUGUGCUUAGGGUGUUCAAGGAGUUGAUGAAGCUGAUUGACACAAAAGACUCAGGUCACAAACCUACUGCUGCCAAAGUCAUGCAGGAUGCUCUACGCAGGAAUCAGUGCUCACUUAUCUGA